UAUACACGUCAUAAAGUUAAAAGAUCUGAUCUUAAAAGUCAGUUGCUGACAAACUAGACUCAAGCAGAGUAGCAUGCGCUCACUUGUUGGAGGCGAGGCAACGUGGCCCCAGGCGGGCUUCGUUUUCGCCACGGGCAAUAUAUCCCACGGCAAAAAAAAGCAAGGUUCGCAUAUCCUGUACACUGGACAACUGGGUGUUUCAUACAGAAUGCGACUAGUAUACUCCGAGAGUGGCAAGCCAAAACAACUACAAGCACUAUUUGCUACCUCUCAGCUACUGUUGAAAAAGAAAAUAUUCAAGAUUACGGGUGAUUAGGU